ACUUCUAGAAGAAAAAUUUCAUUUCGUUAAAAAUGGAAAAUGAACAGGAGCCAUUAAAUAAUUUAAUUUCAGAGAAAAUCAAUUAUGGUGAAAAAUUAUUAAUUGACACUGAAGGUUAUGAAAAUAUUGAUGGUAUACAGAAAUUAAGAAGAAAAAUCAACCAGGAACUGAAAUUUCUUAAAAAGGUGCACAAAAAUAGAACAUUAAAAAAAGAACAUUUGCAAUGUUCAAAUUUAACCCAUUUUUCUGCUUUAAUAAAUGUAUUGAAAACCCUGCCAGACUGCCAAAACAUCAAUAAAGUAUUUUUACUUGAUGGUAGAAAAAUAACAGUGGAUAUAGUGAGUAACAAUGGUUUAACAUGGACAAAAGUUAUUGCAAGGAAUCCAAGAUCCGUCAGUCAGAUAUGUAUGGGUGAUGCAAGCUAUGGUGUCAGAAGUAUUAUAGAUCAGGCAGAGGAAUUUGUAGAAUGUGCCAAACUAUAUCCCUGUUUAUUUCAAACACCAGAGAUAGUCUUUGUUUUCGAGCAAGGUGUUGGGGCAAAUAUUGCACAGAAACUGGAAUCUUUAGGUAUAACAGUCAAAGGUGAAAAAAUUAAUGAGUAUGAUAUAACAUUAGAUGAUUUCUCUGGGGUGAAUAAAGAUGAAUCAGAAUGUAACUGUUUAUCAACCAAAAAUACUUCCCAUAUUUCAAAAGUAAAUUUGGAUGUGUCAGCAAUGCUGGCCUAUUGUAGUUCAGUAACAAAUGGUAGUGCCGAAAUUUAUGAUUUUUCUGUUCCUGUUUUAAGUCAACAAGCUGCAUGGGAAAGAUUAAGGCCUACAAAACCACUUUUAGAUGAUUUUUUUAAAGGGAAAACUUUAUACUGUUGUGAAACUGCAAAAAAUAGCUUUAUGGAAAUUGUGAACACUGUAGGUGGUCCUAAUGAAAAAAUCAGAGCUGAAGAAUUACUAAAUAGAAUUAUUGUGCUCCCAGAUGAUGCUACUGCAGAAGAUACUGCAGAAACUGAUCAAAAUAUUGAAAUCUUCAAUAAAAUUCAAUUUUCAAAUACAAAGGCUUUAGCUGUUAGUGGAAAAAUAAAACAAAGAUCUCUUACUGUAUUCACAUUUGGAGAUAGAAUACAGGCUGUCACAGUCACCUCAAAUGAUGGUUUUGUCAGAGCUGCUAGACAAAAUGGAAUAAAUUUUGUGGUCUUUGUCCAUGAAUCAAGAGCCUUAACAGAACAAAAAGAACAGACAAAGGCAAUAAAGAGAUAAUAAUAAAAUGAUUUAUUUGAAUAAAUGCAAAUUACAGUUAUAUUUAUAAUAAAAAAUAAAAAAAUAUUUUGUU